CCGACUUUGGAAGAAUGCCACUACUUUUCACAUUAUUUGAAACUUGCCAUUAAAAUUUUGCAAACCUCACAGAACUGCCCUGAUCUACGCUUGCUACGUCUCUGUGCCCACUGUCAGGGCGCGUUUUUGCGUAUGCGGACCGUAUUGCCCCUCCUCUUCUUCUUUAAACCGUCCGGUCGGCUCGAGCCGACCCCACUCGCCUCGUCUCGCCUCCUCCUCCCCAGACUCGUCUUCUCCCGUUCCCCAUCCCCGAGCAAACCACCGAAACCCUAACCCUAGAGAUUGACGGCGGCGGCGUGAUUCGCGGCGGCGAUUGAAGGUUUCCUCGACAAGGACUGGCGGCAACUGAGAGGAACCCUAACCUCGCAUCAAUCGGCGGGGAUGGAGGCACCCUGAUGGUGGGAAGCGCCGGCUUGGCGCCGCCAUGCGCCUCCACUGGUGCUGCGGCGAUGGGGGACAGCGGUAACAGGUACCCAAUCUGCAUUCUUCUAUAGUCUAGUUGGCGAUUUAGGCGUCUGAUUUGCUUUGUGCACGUUGUGUUGAUUUGGGGAUGAAUUUGACUUUACUUCUGCCUAGGGAUGGGAUGUUUGCGGUAGAGGUAAAAGUCGAAGGGUUCAUGCUUAAAGACGCUAGUGGUAGAAAAUCAUACACAAAAGGGCGAGUUUUCAAGUGGGAUGUUGAGUAUGGGUCACUGACGUUAGACUUGCUGUUGAAACAUCUGGCAACCGAGUUGAAUCUAUGCACUGACCAGUUACCCACUGUUUGGUUUUAUGACAAAAGAUUGAAUGAGGACACCAGACUAGCUGAUGAGAUACAAAUGAUUGAUUUGUUUGAAAUGUAUAAGGAAGAGAUGACAUGCCAGGUUGUAGUAGGUGUAUUUGAUAGAUCUACUUGUCAGGAUCAUGAGUUUGAUGAACUGGAGCCUCUGUGUGUGAUUCCUCCUGAUGAUGCACCUGCUGAUGCACCUGUUGAUGCACCUGCUGAUGCAGCUGAUGAUGCAGCAGUUUUAGGCACUCAUGGCAGUCGUAAAGCACCCACUAGAUGUCCCACUCAGCCUAUAGUCAGGCCAGCUGCUGCUCAUGAAAAUUCAGAGGCAGCUGAUGAGGUAGAGUGUGAUAGAGAACCAGAUAUUUUUGACAACGAAGAAGAAUAUGUGGGACUUGAUGAUGAGGCCACAUAUGCUGAAAAUCCACAGCCACCAGAGUUUGCACAUCCACAGCCAUCUGACAAUGCUAACUCUAAUGCCACCGAUGAUCCUGAUGUUGAUUUUGUCCAUGUCGAGGCAGAGGUGGAUGAUGCUGAUCCUGACGAGGUCACUGUAUUGCAUGAUCCUGAGAAUCCCAAAAUUGUGAAAGGGGAGCUGUUUCCUGAUAUCAUUGCAUUUAGGAAAGCCAUAAGACAUUAUGCUGUGAAGACUGGAUUUGAGUUUGCUACUGCUGGUUACAAAACUGACAAGUCAAGGUUUAUAGCAAAGUGUGCAGCAGAGGGAUGCCCUUGGCGCAUACAUGCUUCCACCAUUUUUGAUAAGAAAACUGUACAGAUCAAAGUGCUGCCUGCUCCCCACAAUUAUCCUACCACCAAGCUAAGAGAAGGGAAAAUGGCCAGUCAAGGCUGGUGUGCAGACAGGCUUGGAGAGUGGGUUAAGAACAACCCAACAAAGGGAGCAAAGGAUGCAAAGGACAAGUUGGAGGGUGACUUUGGAAUUAAGCUGAAGUACUCUAAAGCUUGGUCUGGUUUGAAGGUAGCCUUGGAGCAAAUUCAUGGUAAGUACGAAGAGAGCUUGUAAAGCUCCUAAUGCUUUUGUGUGUGCCUGUCAUGGCAUGUGUUGCUUAUGAACUUGAACAAGCUAUUUCCCUGAAUUUCUGUAUGAUAUUUCGCUGUCAGUUUCAAUUCGCGGUCAGGUUGAACUUGAAAUUCUGUGUUGCUUGUUAACUUGAAAUUGUCAUACCCAUGCAUACAAUAGCAUUCAUUCAAGGGUUACCCUUCAUUCAAUAUCUCUGUUCAAAUUUUCAUACAACUGCAAAGAUAGAGGGCUACCUAAUUGACUAGUUCCAGAUUACCACAGUUUGCUAACAAUACAACCCAAAGCUACACCUAGACAAACUGCUGCUAUCACAACAGAUUCCGAUUUCAACCUCUGCAUUUGCACCUUCAGAUCCCACAACCCAUCCACGGCACUGUCAACUUUCAGCUUCAGUGCAUCUAGCUCUUGCUUCAUCUCCAAAAUGCGGUCAUCACAACAACCACCAAGGUCUCCGAAGCUGGGAGGGAUCGACUUCUUCCAAUGAGGUGGAAGUUCCCCUGGGUUGCGCAAGUAAGCAGCAUAUUGUGCCUCGGACAUGAUGACGCCACAGGUUGUUGGGUCAUCCUGCAUCACAUUCAACCCUAGCGGCAUGAACACCAAACAAGAGACCCGAAAUUGCACACAAAUUUAACACAAAACGACUUACUUUGAUGUUGUUAGGGCACUUCACGAAGCUUUGCCCAUAAGUUUUCGGCUGCUUGCUGACGAUCCGAACCAGCUCGAUGCGGCAACCAGGGCAAUCCUCAAGUGCGGGCAGCGGCGGGCUUUGACCCGGCCUCUGCGUCGAGCUGGAGCCGGUGGAUGGCGGCCGCCAGAUCUGCUUCGAACUCAUCCUCGACUAAGCAGCCACCAAAUCUUGGAGGCCGUCGGCGGCGAACCCGGCAAGGGGAAGCAGGCCUCGACGGCAAUGGCGUGCGGGAGAAGAAGGGAGAACGGGAGAAGACGAGUCUGGGGAGGAGGAGGCGAGACGAGGCGAGUGGGGUCGGCUCGAGCCGACCGGACGGUUUAAAGAAGAAGAGGAGGGGCAAUACGGUCCGCAUACGCAAAAACGCGCCCUGACAGUGGGCCCAGAGACGUAGCAAGCGUAGAUCAGGGCAGUUCUGUGAGGUUUGCAAAAUUUUAAUGGCAAGUUUCAAAUAACGUGAAAAGUAGUGACAUUCUUCCAAAGUCGGAGAAUUGU